AGAGAUGUACUAAUAAGUUUUGGUUACUAUCCAGACUACAAUCUUGGUGUUCUUACGGACAGAUCUCUCAUAACUAUUUAUGAAAGUGGAACUUUGUGGAUGCAUGAUUUGCUACAAGAAAUGGGUCAAGAAAUUGUUCGUCGCGAAUCCCCUAAAGUGCCUAGGGGACGUAGUAGAUUGUGGCUUUACGAGGAUGUCCUUCAUAUAUUGAAGAAUAAUACUAUAAGUUGACUAUUCUAGACCUAAACCUAGAGAAUUAUAUAUAUUCUUAGAAAUUAUUCCAAGUAUUUUCCAAUUAUUCUGAUUUCAUUGUUCUUGGUUAUUAGGGAAUGGAGGUAGUUGAAGGAAUAGUGCUUAACACACCUAAUCAAAAAGAGGAACACUUGAAUUCUAAAGCCUUCUCAAAAAUGAAAAAAUUGAGAUUGCUUAAAGUUAAUAAUGUGGAACCUCCUAAAGGCCUCCUUAGAGGUAAUGUGCAACUUCCACAAGGCCUCAGUCAUCUUCCUGAUGAGUUACGUGUUAUAGAAUGGCAUGGUUAUCCUCUAAAUUCCCUACCAACCAAUUUCCAACCAAAUAAACUUGUUGAACUCAGAAUGCAUUGUAGCCACAUCAAACAACUAUGGAAAGGAAUUAUGAAUUUGGAUGAGUUAAAGUUCAUUGACCUAAGUGACUCUCAAACCUUGAUUGAAAUCCCGGACCUUAGUGGAGCUCCAAAUCUUAAGAAAUUGAUUCUUCGACGUUGUACAAGACUAUAUAAGAUUCAUGCAUCUCUUGGAAAUCUCAAACGGCUUAUUCAAUUGGAUCUGAAUGGUUGCAAAUGUCUUGAAAGCCUUCCUCACAAGAUCAACUUGGAAGCUCUUGAAAUUCUGGAUCUUGGUGGUUGUUCAAGACUGAAUAAGUUUCCAAAGAUUAUGGGAAAUAUGCCACAUUUGUUGAAACUUAAUUUGAGUGAGACUGCCAUUAAAGAUCUAUCAUUUUUAGUGGAACAUUCAAUUGGCCAUAUAAAAUUGGAUCUAAGACACGGCAAGAAUCUUUCUAGCCUUCCGGAUACUACUUGUAGUUUGUCAUCUCUAAAAACUCUCACAUUAUCUGGCUGCUCAAAACUUUCUGAAUUGCCAGAGAACUUGGGAAAUAUUAAAGGCCUAGAGAAGCUAGAUGUGAAUAGAACUGCAAUAAGAAGGCUACCUUCCUCCAUUGUUCUCUUAAAAAAUCUUAGAAAACUCUCUCUAUCAGGUUGUGAAGGGCUAUCAUCUAAAUCAUUGAAUAAGCUCCUUAGUUUUCCUUUAAUGCAACCAAGAAGAAGUCCAGAUUCAAUGGGCUUGUUAGUGCAUACUUUAUCAGGCAUACGAUCUUUGACUAAACUUGAUCUAAGUUAUUGCAAGAUUAGGGCAAUCCCUUAUGAUAUUAGCUGUUUGUCCACUUUAAGAACAUUAAAUCUGAGGGGAAAUAAUUUUGAUUGCCUUCCUGAAAGUAUCAUUCAACUAUCUAAUUUGAUCUAUCUUUUUAUGGGUGGUUGCACGAAUCUUAGAUUGUUGCCAGAGCUUCCAUCAAAUAUUGAGUAUAUUGAUGCUGAAGGUUGCAUCUCUUUGGAAACAUUGCCAGCAAGACCAGAAGAUAAUUUUCUAUGUCUCCGUCUUUUCAAUUGCGUCAAAAUGAUUGACAAUGAAGGCUACGAUAAUCUUUUCUUAACAAUGCUAAGACAUGAUUUAUUUAAGAGACCAGAUUAUGAUAGGAUUUGUGUCCUUGUUCCUGAAAAUAAUAUUCCAAAAUGGUUUAGCCAUCAAAGUGAGGGGGCUUCACUGAAUCUGCAAGGGCCUUCAGAUUUUCUCGGAAUCGCUGUGUGCCUUGUUUAUGUUCUUCACCAACAUCCUUCGGAAUUUUUAAAACUUCAUAGAUGGAUUACUUGCCACUUCUAUUUCAAAGAAUAUGAACAUUCUCCUGUCAGCUUCAUUGGUUUUACUGAAGAAUUUGGUAAGAUUGAUUCAUAUCAUCUUUGGCUGGGAUAUUUUCCCAUAAAGGACUUUGGAUUGAAACGGGAAAAGAAAUUGAUUCAAAGUGAUGCUGAUGUCAGUCAGAUUGAGUUUAGAUUUGAAUCCGAAGGUCCAGGCUUGGAGGUCGUGAAAUGUGGGGUUCAUUUGACAUACAAUGAAGAUCUAAACCAUACUAUGGCUGUGAGUGUGUGCAGCAACUGCAACGUCACUCCAUAUGAGGCUGAUUUUGAAGAUUCAGUAAAAGUUACUAAAAUGAAGCGAAGCAGUGAUAACUAUCAUCGGGACGAGGCUGGACUUAGUGGAGAAGGUAUCCCAAGGUGACUCUGAUUGCAAGGAAGAGGAAUCUAGUGAUAUUGGUAGCUCUCAUGAAUGAAUUUUUUGUAAGUCACCAUCUUUCAAAACUCGUUUUGGAGCUGAAAAUCUAUAUAUAUAUAUAUAUAUAUAUAUUUACAAUUCCAUGGCAUAUGCUUGCAUUUCUUUAGUAUUCAUCAUUAUAAGUUUCUUAGGUUCCAAAUUUAACUAGGCAUUUUUAACAGGCAUUGAGAAUUAGUAAAUAUGAUGUUCCCAAUCAGUACUGAAUGUACCCAGGUUGAAAUGAAUAUGUGUUUUGCCAGCCCAAAGGGUAAAUAACUUAUUGUUUUGUCAUGCAUGUGGCCUCCAUAUCUAAUUUUGUUACAAAUUUCAUUGCAAUUCUGAGCUUGUUUUUUUAGAUACCACAACAGAAGGUUUAAGCAGAAAACAGGGGAACCAAACUAAGGCUCCAUCAAGUGCAUACAAAAUAACGAAGCUUUCUUAGCCCAAUUUUUGACAGUACCCAGGAUAAUCCUUCAGCCCGCCAUGCCAUGCCUUCAAUUAUCACUGAUAAGGCAUAUCUAGAAGUGGACAAUGUUGCUUAUGAAGGCACUCCUUGCCAUUAUUUGGGAAUAAAGAAAAAUCAAAUGUGAUAUAAUUUGCUAAGAACCUCUUUUACUGUUUUUUUAAGUUGAGGAUUCUUUUCAUGUUUGCUGCUUUGCUUGAUAACAUUAUUAGGGCAUGUUUGAUUGGAGUGAACAGUUGGUGGAUGGAAAAUAAAUGAGAGAAAAGUGGGGAGAAAAUAGUGGAGUAGCUGUAUGAUUGGGAGGGGAGGGGAGAAAGAAAACUAGUGAGGCCUGGGUGUUUUCUCCUUGGGCCCACCAAAACUUAGUCUUCCCAAUUUGGGGAGAUUAUAGAGAGAAAACAAGGGCCUUUCCUUGUUGCUUUUGUACAAUUAUACCCCCAACAAAACUAGUCGUUUGGACCUUUUGGCU